CCUUGUCUUCCUUUCCUAUAAGGUGGGCCCAGUGAGGCCACUCUUCAGAGUUGUUAUAUGUAAGUCAUGAUGGUCUGUUGCCUCUAAACCCAGCUUGGGCAGCUGAGGCAAGACUAUCUCUCAAGUUUCAGGCUAGCCUGUGGCCACAAAGGGAGAUCCUGUUUCUUCUCCAUGGUUCCCCCACCCUCUGCCCUCUCAAAAAAGAAGAAUUGACUAGUGUAAAGUCUGACACAGCAGCAGCUUCAGUAAACAAGCUGAUAGUUUUUUUUUAUUAUGAUGAUCAUUAGUUUUCAUUUGCCUUUUAUAUAAUUUUGUUUUGUCCCCCCUCCAUUGUUCUUGCUUAAUUUAUGGGCCUAUAAGAAUCCUUACUUUGUACAAGUUAAAGUUAAAUUAAUUCAAGUUAAAUGCCUAGAACUGAAAACUUUGUUUGCUGUAUCAGAGAUUAGUUUUCUAUGGGUGGAAUGGAAAUCUUGCCAGGUAGAUCUGAGAGGAGACCUUCAGUUUCGACAAACUGUGUGCCUUUGCAACCAAAGGAAAGAUGUGGGCAGUUUUCUCUUAGCCUGACUUCCCUGGAGUAGGACUUUGUCCCGAGGUGAAAGUGUUCUGUUGCAGCAGGGUCACCUCAUGGAAUUGACUUUUCCUGCCCUCUUGACCUGUGAUCUGUGGGAAGGCCAGUUGGUUAAUCACGUUAGCCACACAGCUUUAAAAAAGGUAUAUAACAUUUAUGUAUUUAUGUAGGGUGCAUAUGUGCUGAAGUGCACCUUUGGAAGUUGGGACAUCUGUGGGAGUUCUCUCUCUCUACUCAUCUGGGUCUUGGGGACUGAACUUGGGUCAUCAGGCUUGGUGGCAAGUGUCUCUACAGGCUGAGCCAUCUCAGUGGCAUCUACUAUACAUAGAGCUUUUAAUGAAAGUGACACAUGACCGACCGUUAAGGUUGUUUUAUUUUGAGUCAGAAUCUCACUAAAUAGCUCUGGCUGGCCUGAGACUCGCUAUGUAGAGCAGGCUGACCUGAACUCAUAUUAGACCUGCCUUCUGUGCCACUAUACCUGGCUGCAUUAAGAUACUCUGAUAUUUUGAAACAUUGACUUUUGUGAACUAGGUAUCAGCUAACUAGAAUUGCAUUUCAAAAGGUAAUUCCAGAGCUGGAGAGGUGGCUCAGAAUGUAAGAGAUUAGGUGCUCCUGCAGAGGACAUGGCAGCUCACCAUGGUCUGUUCAGCAGAUCUGAUGCCCUCCCCCACACACCUUCCGCUCGCCUGCAGGAAAACGUUCAGACUCACCUUUAAAAAAGGAAUUUCUUUGAAACUGUGGACCUGAGUGUCUUUCUGGAGUUGAGAUUGAAGUUGAAGCUUAGGGGUAAGAACAAGUUGAAAUCAUCGCAGAAGGAUAAAGUUCGUCAGUUUAUGAUCUUCACACAAUCUAGUGAAAAAACUGCUGUGAGUUGUCUAUCUCAAAAUGACUGGAAGUUAGAUGUUGCAACAGAUAAUUUUUUUCAAAAUCCAGAACUUUAUAUACGGGAGAGUGUCAAAGGAUCAUUGGACAGGAAGAAGUUAGAACAACUGUACAAUAGAUACAAAGAUCCUCAAGAUGAAAAUAAAAUUGGAAUAGAUGGCAUACAGCAGUUCUGUGAUGAUCUGGCCCUCGAUCCAGCCAGCAUUAGUGUGUUGAUCAUCGCAUGGAAGUUCAGGGCGGCCACACAGUGCGAGUUCUCCAAACGGGAGUUCAUGGAUGGCAUGGCAGAAUUAGGAUGUGACAGCAUAGAAAAACUAAAGGCCCAAAUACCCAAGAUGGAACAAGAAUUGAAAGAACCAGGACGAUUUAAGGAUUUUUACCAGUUUACUUUUAAUUUUGCAAAGAAUCCAGGACAAAAAGGAUUAGAUCUAGAAAUGGCCAUUGCUUACUGGAACUUAGUGCUUAAUGGAAGAUUUAAAUUCUUAGACUUAUGGAAUAAAUUUUUGUUGGAGCAUCAUAAACGAUCAAUACCAAAAGACACGUGGAACCUCCUGCUAGACUUCAGCUCCAUGAUCGCGGACGACAUGUCCAACUACGAUGAAGAAGGAGCAUGGCCUGUUCUUAUUGAUGACUUUGUGGAAUUUGCGCGCCCUCAAAUUGCUGGGACAAAAAGUACAACAGUGUAGCACUAAGGAACCUUCUAGAAUGUACAUAGUCUGUACAAUAAAUACAACGGGAACUACACAGUCAAUUUCUGCUGGCUGGACCGAACUGAAGAUCAAUCCUCACAGUUCAGACUGAGGGUUGAGACCAACUUUAAGGAUACAUCUUGGACCAUAUCGUACUCACUCUUCUCCUGGUGGUUUGGGCUUGUCUUCUAGUCUGGGCCACUUUAAACAUUUAUAAUUCCAACAUUGUGGAUUUCAUCUUAUACCUGUGGACCAUCUUAGUUUGUCUUCCCAUAAGUCAUAGAAGCUUGAUGGUGAUUAUUUUGAGGUUUCCAUUCUUGCAUAAAGCACAAUGCUGUCUUCAUCAGAAAACAGUUUGGCAUAAGAAUUAAACAUAAUAAUGAACACCACAAACAAUUUAUAAAAACUUCUUAAGUAGAUGCUUUGGGCUAGUUGCAAAGACUAUGCUGGUAGCCCUUCCAAUGAGAGGGAUUUAUCUGAGUGUACUGGAUCUGGAAUGGUGUUUGCUUUGAGGGAAUUUAAUUUUCCUGGCAAACUACAUGUACUGUUGAUGUGAGUGGAAUAGUUGAUGAAAGAAAUGUCAAAAUAACCCACAUAUGACAAAUUUAGGAUAACUUGGUGACUACCUGAAAUAUGUCUUGUGUUUCAGACUCUCACAAAGGUUCUACAGAACAGUCUGUGGUUGUCCUACCCAUGUUUGUACGCAGUGGUCCUGCAGGGAAGUUUAUUUAAAAAAUAUUGUACUGGGAUAUAAUGUUAGAUUCCACUCUUGUCUGCAUCACACGGCACAGAAUUGGAUUUCAUUAUGCUUUGAAAUGCUUCUAUGCCUUUCGAAUAAGUUAAACUAUUUUGUUUGUUUUGAAUGUUUUGGAUUGCUAUAUAAUACAAUGUUCUAAAUUUAGGCAUGAGGGUUUAGUUUUUGUUUUUUUUUUUAAUUUUUUUGUCAUCGCACUAUGGAACACAAUGCAAUUCACUUAAUUUAUAAGAAGAUAGUAGGAUUUACAUUUUCGAAGUGGUUGUGAUGAGCCGUGAAGUUCAAUAUUUACCAUAUCGGCACUGCUCUUUCAGGUGAUACUCCAGCCUUUACGACCUCUUGUGUUGAAGUGGCUGUACUGCUAAAUCACUGUGGUUGCCAAAUCUUUACUCUGAGAGCAGAGGUUUUCAAAGGAGCGAGUGCUGGUGCAGAAUACCAAUGGCUUCUGUUCCAGAAAUUAUUUGAACUUUUGACUGUUUCCAUCUCACUUGCAUUUGCUGUUUCCACACAGCAGAUUGUAUUUUAUUUUUUUCUUGACAGGACCUAUGACUUGCUCUCCUGAUGAACAUGCCUGUUUCUCUGGUAACAUACUGACAUGUGAAAAGGGCAUACUUUAACUAUUUCUAGGAGGAAGUUAAAAUGACCAACUUAGAUGUUGGACGACUGGCCUUUGAUAGGGACAGUUUGCUCCACGUGUCCAGCUCCUCUCCAGGGCGCAGAGGAUGUGCUUCGGAAGAGCAGACCAUUUCAUGCAGAUAUGGAAAUGAUUAAGCUGCUUUUAGUUACAUGAUUUGGAAACUGCAUAGAAAAAUUACCUUAUAGAUAUAUCAUUAUUCCAAUCAUAACUUUAAUUUAGGAAUAUAUUUCAAAUACCAAAAGAAGGCUUAGAGUCAAUUUUUAUUCACGUUACAAGAAUCUGAUUAUUAAAAGAAAAAAGAAUCUUACUGUUUUCAGUAUUUCUUGAUUUCAAUUUUGUAAAUAUAAAGAACUUCAAUUAUGAAAAAAAAUUAAAGAUAUAUAUGUGUACACACAUAUAUAUCUUUAAAAUAAAGAUAUAUAUAUGUAUACACAUACACACACAUAUAUAUCUUUAAAAGUUUUGCAGGCAUAUAUUGCUUAUUCCCUACAUGGACCGUUUUGAGUUCUGCCACUGUCUUCAGAUUGAUUGAGUCAUGUGUGGUUUGUUUUCCCACGAAAGCCCGCUGGCUUCCCUCCUCACCUCAGACUUUUCUCAUGAGAAUCGUGAUGUUCAUUUGUGGCCUAAUGCUUUGAGUUUGACAGAUUUUAUUUUUGAAUGCAAGACUUUUCAACUUUGUCAUCAGUUUGGUACUAAACAUUUACAAUUACUGUGUAAUUAUAAACAAAAAUAUAUAAAGCUUUAAUAUAAUUAUGUAGCAAAAGAAGUCAAGGUUGUUCACCAUGAUGGCAUCUUAGCAUUAAACAAAACUAUCACUAGGGCUCAAAAGAAAAACUGAUUUAAUGUGUUUAUUCCGAGGAUAAAUGUCUGCUUAUAGGGAAUGUUUUGUACUAAAAAUGCUUACACUGUUGGGGGAGGGGCAUCAGCAAGUUUGGAGAGAAACAGCCCACACGCACACAGCCAUUGCAGCUUCAUGGGCGCCAGUCUUUGUUGGCGUCGGUGCGCCAUGCUGAUUCCUUUUUUUUUUUUCCAGACAGACCCAUAGGGAGAGUUUACUUUUUGCCAAAUGUCAGAACAGGUACACAUUUUUAAAUGUAAUGCUUUUUAAAUAGUAAAAUGUAUAAAAUGAGAAGUACCCACAUAUAAAAUACUUGAGAUCAAGGUUAUCUUCAGUGAAUAUCAUCUGCGUAUCUCUGUAAGUUCAAGUGUGUCUUUUACGAUCCCUGUCAUAUUACCAACAGAGGCAAUAAAAGCUUCAGUGAAAUUGCCAUGACUAAA